AUGAACCUUUGGAUACUUCUCUCGCUAAUCCUACUCCCAGCAGCAGUCUUCAGUAUUGAAGUUGUGACUCUACCUUCACAUACAGAAAAUCAACCAGAGAAACAUCAAGAGCAACGACAGAAGACCUCUCCACCAAUUUUUGAUAACACACAUGCUAACCACCCUCAACCUUCGAAUCACUCACGAGCCGUUGGAAACCGCCCUGCCCAUGCUCAUUCGGGCUUGAAGGUCUACCACACUUGCAGUCUAUCUAAAUCUUUCUCACUAACAUUCGACGAUGGCCCAACAGAAUUCAGCGCGAAAUUAGAUAAAACUUUGGAAAAGGCUAACCUCAGGGGGACGUUCUUCAUAAACGGGAAUAAUUUUGAUUGUGUCUAUGAUCGCAGUGACGUGUUGAUAGAAAGGUUCAAAAAAGGCCACUUGAUUGGGAGCCAUACUUGGUCUCAUGUUCAUUUAACCGAAGGUACCUACAAGCAAAUCGAUCACCAAAUUGAAUUGAUCGAACGAGCUAUGAUCAAAAUUUUGGGAGUCAAGCCGCUAUUCUUCAGACCCCCCUAUGGUGAAUAUAACGAUGAUGUGAUCAAGGUUUUAAGGGCAAGAGGCUACAAGGGCUUAAUUCUUUGGUCAGAAGAUUCACAAGACAGCCUAGAAUCUCCACCCAGCUCAUCUGAAAUUAUUCAAAAUUAUCAAUCUUACCCUGACAAAACCGUAGUGUUGAGCCAUGAAACUCACAAGUUUAUGAUUGAUGAGGUUGUUCCGGGUGUGAUCCCGAAACUAAAGGCGAAGGGGUUCAAGUUGCUACCGGUUGCUGAUUGCUUAGAAUUGGGCUCCACCCCUAAUGAAUGGUACGAAAUCGUCCAAAUGCCGGGCUCCAGGGAUGAUUCAUGGACUUGUGAUGCGAAGACGGUUAACCGACCUCACUUGAUUUCUAAUGGCAAAAUUCGGACUGAUGUUGUGGAGGUGCCGCUUGUCGACGACGAGCAAUGUCGGUUGUACACUGGUGUCUGUAACCGAGAGGACAGCGGCAUCAAUUUGUAA